AUGAGCCUCCGCCUGCCUCUCCCGGAAGGCAAAUUCGCCACCAUCAUCAGCGCCUACGCUCCGUUGAUGACCAGCCCUGAUGCCGCAAGAGACAAAUUCUACGAGGACCUGCACGCACUCUUGGCGACUGUGUCGAAGGCGGACCAGUUCAUUGUCCUUGGCGACUUCAAAGCCCGCGUCUGCACAGACCACGCUGCCUGGAGUGGACUGCUAGAUCCCCAUGGUCUCAACGGCUCCAAUGACAAUGACCUGCUCCUUCUGCGCACCUGCCCAGAACACCGCAUCGUCCUGACAAACACCUUCUUCUGCCUGCCGAUGCGAAAGAGGGCCACUCGGAAUCAUCCUCGGUCGCGUCAGUGGCACCUGCUGGAUUAUGUCCUCGUCCGGAGACGAGACCAAGGGGACGUGCUAGUGAAAAAUGCGAUUCCAGGUGUUGCCGAGUGGACAGACCCCAGCCUCGUCAACUUGAAGCGGCGUAUUUGCCUACAGACUCGCAGGAGAUCUGCUCAACAUGUCUAUUUCAUCAAUGAACUAGCUCAACGGCUAGGCAACCUUCUAGUCGCUGACGCCGCCUCCGGUGACAAGAAAGUCUCCACGGAAAACCGAUGGCGUCAAAUGCGGACACUGUUCAGUCGAUGGUGCUGGCCGUCCUCGGUCUCGCGCGCCUUUAACAUCAAGAUUGAUUCGAUGACAGCGACGCCGCCAUCAACAACCUGCUCGCCGGGAAGAACCGCCUGCACAAAGCCUACGUCGACCGCCCUACCGAUGACAACAGAGUUGCUUUCUACCGUAGUCGGCGCCUCCUACAACAGCGGCUGCGCGAGAAGCAGGACGCCUGGACGGUCCGCAAGGCUGAUGAGAUCCAAGGACACGCGGAUUGCAAUGAAUGAAAUAACGUCUUUUCAGCAAUCAAAGCUGUCUACGGUCCGCCAACCAAUGUUACUGAACUCCUCCUCAGCGCUGAUGGCAGUGCCCUACUCACUGAGAAUGAACAAAUUUUACAGCGAUGAGCCUAGCACUUCCAAGGAGUCUUCAACCGUUUCUCGACCAUCUCCAAUGCGCCAUCGUCCGUCUGCCGCAAGUGGAGACCUCCCGCCCUCUCUCCAUGAAGCCGUCAGGGUCAUACGACAACCUUCCAUCAGAAAAACGUCCGGAUCGGACGCGAUCCCUGCUGAGGUCUACAAGCACGAUGAUCCCCAACUCAUGGAUCAUCUGACUGCACUCUUCAGGGAGACGAGGCGUCAAGGAGAUUCCCGUAGAAUUUCAAAGACGCAACAAUCGUGCAUCUAUACGUCCAAAAAGGGAACAACUAGCUCUACGAAAAUCAACGAGGAAUCUCCUUGCUGA